AUGGAAGGAGUUAGUGUAAUGACCGCUUUAGUAAGGGCAAGGCUGACGCUAGGCAGCUGCGAGAGCGAGCAGAUGGAGAUUGUACAUGUCGGAGCGGUUAGGCCUAGAGCGUACGGUCUUUGGGACAUCAUGGUUUAUAUCCAGGUGUUUUUUGACAAGUCUGCGCAAUACAUAAGUUUUGGUAUAUUUAUAGAUGUAAUGGACAGAUAUAUUGAAGAAGAGUGGAUUUCCCAAGCAAGGUUGAUCAAGUCAAUCAUAAACGACAAUGUAGUCAAAGCUGGAGUUUUACAGACUUUCAUGUAUGGAUUUCGAGUUGGAUUGGCUUAUUUGGUAAUGCUUUCAGUCAUGUCCUUUAAUAUAGGUAUUAUAAUCGCUGCUAUUGCUGGAUAUUCACUUGGCUUUCUGGUUUUCGACCGUCGGAUCUUCUGGGGUUCCAUGAUUAUGUAUGAUGGUCCACCUGACCUUCCUCCAUUGAUUUGUCGAUAA